AUGGAAGACUUCGUUUUUGGCAUAUUGAAUAUUGUUACAGACUAUAAAAUCCAGUCCAUCACUUGCUUUUUUCCUUUUUUUCUCUUUCUUGCUCCUAUGAUUCUUCUUCGUUUCUUUCUCAUUGGCAUCUUUUCUCUGUAUUCACUCUCAUUCUUUCAACUCUACCGUCCUACAUCAAUUGGUAUUAGAGCCCAGCCUCAAACACAAUAUCGCUUCCCAAAUUCUGUUGAGAUUGCUCUUCAUUUUUCCAUCACCAAGCCAUUUAGGUUAGCCCUUUGCAUCUGGUUUCUUAUCAUUACACUAGUUUAUGUUUGA